AUUGCGGUUGGCGCAAUUUACCUUCCUUAUAAUAGUAAAUAACUAAAUUUUAGUUUAUUUCCGUUUCUAUCACUAAAAUCUGCGAGAGUUGUUAAUCUUCAAAACUUAGUUAUGGGCGAUUCGGAUGAACUGGUGAAUUACAUUCGUGGGCUUUUGAAUACGUUUGAUGAAAGCGCCCAGGAACAGGAUCCAUUUAAGAAAGUUGAAAGUCUCCGAAACGUGACUUCUCAACUUUACGCGGAGGCCUUAGAGUCAAAUGAUGAAAGAUUUGCUAGCUUACUCUUGAAGCAACAUUUGGACGUUUACCAAGAUGCGGUCAUUGAUCCGGAUUCGGUUAAUAACUACUGCGAAGAUGUAAUCGCUUUACUUGAAACGAGAAACAAUAGCGAUGAACAGGACGAUAACAAUGGUUUGCCGGGAAUCGGUCUCGGAGACCCGUUAAACUAUUUAACCGAUAAGAGAUCAUGCCGCGGACGUUUUGAAGAUUGCUCAAGCUGGGAAUUAAGUAAAGAAACUGUUGAAAAGAUUUUUGGUAAAUUAGAUAAGAAUGAUUUCACAGGCUUGAAAAAUAAUGUAAACGACGAACCAAAAUGCUCGUACACUGCUAAAAGCUCAUCACAUCUUCCCGGCAUCAGUAAACUGAAGUCUGUUGCAGUCGAAGAAAUUUCUCGUCGUGUUUUCGCGCCGACAACUUCAUCCUUCACACCAAAAAUUCCUUCUGCUAGAAUAGAAACAACUGGUGUUUCGAAUAAUAAUGAAAUGUCGAGCGAGUGUAGCGAGAAAGGUCAAAAUAUCAAUGGCAACUCUUUCCGGACAGCAAAAGACGAAUUGCAAAUCCAAAAUAUUAAGAAAUAUGGAAAUAUCAAUCCACCUGGGCAAACACCUUUAUUUUCCUAUGGUAAGAAAUCUCUCGGUGGACGUCGAACUCUAGGAAGUAAAUUUGUUUGUCCGGUCAGACAAGAAGGCAAUCCAGAGGUACCUAAGCCUACAAACUCACCAGCUUCCUCAAGUCACAGUCAGAAUAGUGAAGAGGAGGAGGUAGACGAACGUUUGCGUCAUAUUGAGCCUAAAAUGAUUGAAUUAAUACGCAGCGAAAUUAUGGAUCGGUUUUCACCCCUUUGUUGGGACGAUAUAGCCGGAUUGGAGUAUGCGAAAACAAUUAUCCAAGAAGCAGUAGUUUGGCCCAUUUUAAGGCCAGAUAUUUUCACAGGACUACGCAAACCACCGAGAGGAAUAUUACUUUUUGGUCCUCCAGGAACAGGCAAAACCUUGAUAGGCAAAUGCAUAGCUUCCCAGUCAAAGUCAACGUUUUUCAGCAUAAGUGCUUCGUCACUGACGUCUAAAUGGAUUGGCGAUGGAGAAAAAAUGGUACGGGCCUUGUUCGCUGUGGCUGCGGUUCAUCAACCAGCCGUUGUGUUUAUCGAUGAAAUAGAUUCGCUGCUCUGUCAGCGAUCAGAAACGGAACACGAAAGCUCGCGAAGAUUGAAAACGGAGUUUUUGAUCCAGCUCGAUGGUGCAGCUACGGCUGAGGAUGACCGAAUUCUAAUUGUUGGAGCUACAAAUCGACCCCAAGAGCUCGAUGAAGCUGCUCGAAGGCGAAUGGUGAAAAGAUUGUACAUCCCGUUACCGGAGUUGCCCGCCAGAAUUCAAAUUCUUAGUCGGUUACUAGCCAAUGAGAAGAACUCUCUGACUCCUGAGGAAGUUAAUGAAAUUGGUAAAUUGUCUGAGGGAUUUUCGGGUGCUGAUAUGAAAGUGUUAUGUCACGAAGCUUCGAUGGGUCCAAUUCGUUCCAUUCCAUUCGAUCAGCUUGGAUUGAUAGGAAAGGACGAUGUUCGACCGGUUAGUUAUGCGGAUUUUAGGACUGCCCUUGGGCGCGUUCGUGCAAGUGUUUCGCAGAGCGAUUUGUCCCAAUAUGUAAAAUGGGAUCAAAUGUAUGGUUCGGGAGCAUCUAACGUGUUAUAAGCGAGAUAUGUAUUCUAUAGAUUGACAUGUCCAUUCUGUAAUCUCAGCUUGCAGCAAAUUUUACUGAUGCCGACUUUUGAAAUAGAUUUAGAUAAUAUUUAGCUUGCAAAUUUGAUUUUAUCACUUGAGUUUUGAAGAUCAAUAAUCUAUCUCGGUAGAUUAAAGCAAAUUGUUCCGAUUAGUUAUUUUUUUAUUUCAUUUAAAUAAACGCACAAUAAACGACUGAACUAUUGCCAUACUUCCUUCUUAAUCCUUAACAGAUUGCAACAGUCCGGCGUUCUUCAUACGUUCGAAGUGCUUGUUGGCGUCGUAGGUCCUA